AUGAAAUUGGCAAUAUUGCCUGAUCCUAUACAUCGAUAAUAUUUUGCAAAUCAUGUUAAUUCACUCAAAUAGAUUAAAAGUAGAAAAAACAAGAUUGAAGAGGAUUCUUUGGGUGUAAUCCGUUAAUGUAACUUAUUAAUUAUAUGUAGUAUCGACAAUUAAAAAAAUAAAAGAUUAAGUAUCAGCAUUCGAAGCCAUUGAGGAGAACAAGAGCAUUGCUUAUAAUAAUUAAAAGAUAUAAUAAGCAAUUAUGAAAAUAAGCAGUGCAAAACAUAAUUUACCAAAAUUACAUAUAAAACGUAAAGAAAAGACUGAGAUCUCAGAUGAAAUUGCAAAAGAAAAUAAAAGACUCAAGAAAAGUAUAGAAAAUGUAUAGAACAGUUUGACAUAUAGAACAAAGCAUCAGAAUAUUAGAAAGUCUUAUCAAUAAGUACUGAACGAAUAUUGUUAAUCGAGAUUGCAGUAAUAAAAUGAAUAAUUAUAAUAAUGAUUCUGAAAUAGUUCAUUCUUCUAUUGGACCUUUACCUGUACGUCGUAGUACACUAAAUCUUAGUUUAGUAAGAGAAUAUGACUUACCUUCUGAAUCAUUUGAAAAAGCUAUAGAUAUUUUGUCUAAGAAUCUAUAACUGAAUGAAUAGGCUAGUAAAAUCUAUAUGUAAGACAUUCUAAGAGAGUUUGGGUAAACUAUAAAUAUAAUCAAAAUAGCUAUUUCAAAGCAUUAGAGCAACAAGCAGAAUAUUUUGAUUAUAUUGAAGAAACCAUUAGUAGCUUAGAAUAUAAAUAAGUGAAGAAAGGGAACAUUGUAUUUCAUUGUGGUGAAAGAGGAGAUUAUUUCUAUAUGAUUUUAAAAGGGACAGUAUUAGUAUAUGUUCCAAAAAAGUAAGAUUUGUGAAUUAUAUAUUUUAAAGAGAUGAAGAAAUUUAGAAAUAAAAGUAAAUAAUGUUACAAAUGAAUUAAUGUAAAGAAGAUAUGGCAAAUACUAAAAAGAAAGAUGAUGCAAAAUAAUUGUAAAAACAGAUGUAAGAUCUAUAGAAUCAAUUAAAGGAAUACUAAGGCAUGGAAGAUAUUCUUUUAUUUCCUUUUAAAAGUCGUUAUUAUUAGAAACUUCCUAAUGGUUAAAUGAUUUGUUUGUAUAAAAAAGUAAAUACAAUGAAAGAUGGUGAUUGUUUUGGAGAAGUUUCAUUAUUUAGAAAUGAACCAAGAGCAGCUACUUUAAUUGCAUUAGAUACUUUACAUUUGGGAGCAUUGAAUAAAACUAAUUAUUUAAGGAUUUUUGAAUCUAAAUUAGAGAAAUUGAAUUUUACUUUGGGAAUGCUUAGUAAAAUGUUUCCAUAAUCAUCUAAAGAAGUAGUUAUAUAAUUAAGUUUUGAUUUUCAAAGAAAAUUAUUUUCUAUAAAUUAGACUAUUUUUAAAUAAGGAGAUGUAGUUGAUGGAUUAUAUUUGAUAUUUUAAGGGAUAGUUGAAAUAAGUUCUGAUAAUGUGAGAGUCAAUUAAUUUAGUGAAUGUCAAUUUGUUGGAUUAUUUGAUUUAAAAAAUCCUGGUUUAAGACAAUAUACUGCUACUUCAGUAUCAUAUGAAACUAUUAUAUAUUUUUUACCAAAGAAAUAAUGUUCAGGAUUAGAUAGAUUUAUGAGAGAAAGAAUUAAUGAUUAUAGAAUUAGUAGUGAUGGAUUUAGAUAAGAUUGGGUUAAGAAAUGUCAUAAGAUGAUUGCAAAAUAAUAAUAAGAUACAAAUAAAGUUAUUUUAAAAGAUAUAAAUACAAAAGAAAUAUUAUAAAAAUGUAUUACAUAAAGAGAAUCAAAAACAACUUCAAAUACUAUAAGUAAAGAUAGAAUUAAUUAAAUUGUUGAAUAUAAUAAUCAUUAAUGUUCAUUAAAAGAGAAAUUAAAGAAUGUGAAAUUAUGUUUAUAAAUGAGAGAUUUUGAUAAAGAAAAAGAACUUGUAGAAAAAAUGAUGAAAUAAUAAUAUACUUAAUUACCAAGAUUGAGAGAAAGACCAAGAAAUCUAUUUGAAACAUAUACAAAUUUGAUGUCUAAAGUAUCAAAAUUAAGUUUAAGUCCAAACUUUUAGUCUCCUAAUACUAGUGAUCAUAGUAUUAAGAAUAUACAUGUGGAGAAGAAAUUAUAAUAAAGAUUAAAAAAAAGUGAACAAAUAAUUAAUUAAAUUAUGGGAAUAUGA